AUGUGUGGCAUGGCGUGUCGUUAUGUGUGUGCUGGCAGGGACGUGGCACUAUAUGCGUUGGGCGUUGGGGCAUGCUCGUCUGACGCGUGUGACUCUAUCGAUUUGCCCUUCGCCUACAAUCACCUCUUCCAGGAUCGCUUCUUUGUUCUCCCCACCUUCGCGGUUCUCUUCCCCUCCUCCCUCAUCGAGCAACUCCUCGCCGUCGAUGGGCUCAUCUUCGAUCCGGCUCUAUUGUUGCACGGGGAGCAGUACCUGCGCCUCUUCCGCCCCCUGCCCACUGCUGCCAAGGUGGUGAGUCGCGCGCGCAUAUCAGGCCUGAAGGACAAGGGCAGGGCGGCCAUAGUGGACGUUGAGACAGUGUCAUUCGACCGCGAGUCAGGAGCCAGGCUCGCACUCAACAGGUCAUCCAUCGUGCUGCGUGGUGCCGGGGGCUUCUCCUCCAAACCUACCACAACCUCCACGAACCCAUCUCAACCGCAACAGCAACCACAACAACCACCACCAGCACGUGGCAGCGCAGCAGGCACCAGACAGCAGCCAUCCGCUCGCCCGCCACCCCACGCAGCAACAGAGGAGCGCAUCCCGCCCAACCAGGCUUUGCUGUACCGCCUCUGUGGCGACCUCAACCCCCUCCACUCCGACCCUGAAUUCGCCGCCACUGCAGGCUACCCUCGCCCAAUCCUGCAUGGCCUCUGCACGCUCGGCUUCGCCACCCGAGCCAUCCUCCGAACCUGCUGCAGGGGCGACCCGAACCUUUUCCACAGCGUGCAGGUUCGGUUCACCGGACAUGUGUUCCCCGGCGAGACUCUCAUCACCCGAACCUGGCAGCCCGUUUCCAUACCAGCAUCAAGCGCAGCAGAGGAAGAAGAGUCAGCAGGUUCAGGAGUGGAAAGUGUGGGAGGAGGGGAACCAUUGAGGCGUGUGAGCUUUGAGUGUUGGAUCGCUGAGCGCAACAAGAUGGUGCUGUCUGGGUGGAUGCAGCUGUGUGGUGACAGUGAAGGCAUAGGAAGUGAAGGCAUAGGAAGUGAAGGCAUAGGAAGUGAAGGCAUAGGAAGUGAAGGCAUAGGAAGUGAAGGCAUAGGAAGUGAAGGCAUAGGAAGUGAAGGCAUAGGAAGUGAAGGCAUAGGAAGUGAAGGCAUAGGAAGUGAAGGCAUAGGAAGUGAAGGCAGAGAUGUCAUGGGCAGCGAUGGCUCGCCCAAGCCACGCUUGUAG